AUUAACAAAGAUAUAUAUUUUGAAGUGUUGAGGCAUAGUGAAAGCAGUGGAGCUGAGACGAGCGGCGACUCAAAAACCCUAGUCCCCAAACAUUCAUUUCAUUCGCUCACCCCCUUUUAUUUAAACCCUAAACCCUACUCACAGCUCAUCAUAGCUUUUGAGUGGUGAUCCAAAAUGCCGCUCGGAGAGAGACACGCCGGAGACAAGAGCGAGUCUCGCUACUGCGGCGUCGAGGCCGACUUCGAUGACGACAUGCCUAAUCUCCUCUCCUUCAACGUCCAUGGAGGCUUCGAUUUCGUUGUCGCCACUCUGAUGGAUCCUAGUUAUAGACCUAGUCUCUUAGACAACGAAACUAGUAGAUCUCGUGCUCUGCCAUUUGCUGGGUCAGACCUGGUUCUAAGCCCUUCACAGUGGAGCAGUCAUGUUGUUGGAAAAAUUAGUUCAUGGAUUGACUUGGAUUCUGAAGAUGAGACUCUCAGAAAGGAUUCUGAGAUUGUGUUGAAACAAGAAAUAGCUUGGGCUUCUCAUCUGUCUUUGCAGGCUUGUCUCCUGCCUACGCCUAAGGGAGCUUCUUGUGCUAAUUAUGCAAAAUGUUUGAAUCAAAUAUUGCAGAACCUAGGCAACAUGCAGUUGUGGCUUAGGAUUCCAUUGGAGAAGCCUGAGGGUGUCACAGAUGCAAACAACCCUGAUUUUAUGGAGGAAAGGAUAAAUGAUUCAUGGGAGUUGUGGAAUUCGUUUCGGCUUCUCUGUGAGCAUCAUACCCAGCUCUCAGUUGCACUUGAAAUAUUGUCUUCAUUACCUUCUGCUUCUUCAGUUGGACGAUGGUUUGGAGAGCCUGUUAGGGCUGCCAUAGUAAAUACAAGUGCUUUUCUAACUAAUGCAAAAGGGUAUCCUUGUCUAUCAAAGCGUCAUCAGAUGUUAGUAACUGCAUUUUUCAACCACUCAGUUCAGAUAGUUGUUUCUGGACAACCAGUGCAUAGCAUACCUCUGGGUGUAUCCGGAUCAGAUUCUGAUAAUAAUGUUGGGGGCGGUUGGCGACACCCUUUAAAGUCAUACUUGGAUUAUCUGGCUUAUCUAUAUCAAAAGAUGGGACCACUUCCUGAACAGGAGCGCUUUGAGCUCGGGUACAGAGACUAUCUACAAUCACCAUUGCAGCCUCUCAUGGAUAAUUUGGAGGCCCAAACAUACGAGACAUUUGAGAAGGACACAGUUAAAUAUAGCCAGUACCAAAGAGCUGUUGCUAAAGCACUGGUUGACAGAGUUCCAGACGAGAAUGCUUCUACUGUGACAACGGUAUUGAUGGUUGUGGGUGCUGGGCGAGGGCCUCUUGUGAGAGCAUCGCUGCAGGCUGCUGAAGAAACCGAACGCAAAUUAAAAGUUUAUGCUGUGGAAAAGAAUCCGAAUGCGGUGGUUACCCUCCAUAGUUUGGUUAAGCUGGAAGGCUGGGAAGAUGUGGUAACUAUUGUUUCUAGUGAUAUGCGAGAUUGGGAUGCUCCAGAGAAAGCAGACAUCUUGGUCAGUGAGUUGCUGGGUUCUUUUGGCGACAACGAGCUCUCUCCCGAGUGCCUCGAUGGUGCCCAGAGAUUUUUAAAGGAAGAUGGAAUUUCAAUACCUUCAUCGUACACGAGCUUCAUUCAACCUAUAACUGCCUGCAAGCUUUACAAUGACAUAAAGUCACACAAGGAUCUUGUGCACUUUGAAACCGCAUAUGUAGUCAAGCUACAUCGAGUGGCAAGACUCGCACAUCCUCAACCGGUUUUCACAUUUAAUCAUCCGAAACCCUCCUCGGAAUCCAGCAAUGAGCGCUAUACAAAGCUACUUUUUGAUAUCCCAAGUGACACUGGAUCAGCCUUGAUUAAUGGGUUUGGAGGCUAUUUUGACGCCACACUUUACAAAGACGUACAUCUUGGCAUUGAACCCGCGACAGCCACCCCGAACAUGUUUAGUUGGUUCCCAAUAUUUUUCCCUUUGCGGACUCCUAUAUAUGUUCAACCGGGCACUCCUUUAGAAGUUCAUUUUUGGCGGUGUUGUGGUUCGACCAAGGUUUGGUAUGAAUGGUGCAUAACAUCUCCAUCUCCUUCGCCCAUGCACAACACCAGCGGUCGUUCCUACUGGGUCGGCCUGUAGACUUUAGUCAUAAGUUUUUGAGUUCUUACAGGUUUCCCGGACGCUUGACAGCUGAUGUCGGCAGCAACAAGAACGGCCGCGUAUAUAUCUGCCGCAGAAACAGAAAAAUCAUUCAUUUCACUACAGCUGCAGUAUACAGACAAUAUUCAAGAAUCGACAGCCACCUCGAGUGCAAGAUCCAGUCGAACAUCGAUGUCCAAAAAUGUCUCGGCACCAACUGUCUCCCAUCUUACGCAAUUCCUCAUCGAAGCUGCAAAAAGAAUUUGAGACAGGUUUAGUAGGGUUUUAACGUUUACUAAACCAAAGAAUUAAUUCUGUUUUACCUGUGAAAUGCUCGUUUUGGCUUUCGACCA